UAAACAAAAACAAUUGAAAACAAAGCAGAAGCAAAAUUAAUAAACCAAUUUUUAAAAAUAUACCUUUAAAGCAGCCAAAUACGGGCCAAAAUGCAAGUUAGCAAUCAUGACUACUAUGAGGGCUGUGGUCGGGAAGGACAAAUUCGGUGCAUUUUCCUCAGUGAAUUCCAUGCGACCGCUGGUUGUAAAAUCAGCUGCCAGGUGCCUGCUGAUUAUGUGAGUAAAGAAGUAUUCGAUGCCAUCAAUGUGUACAUCAUACCUAAGCCACAUCUACAACGUUGUAUUCUUACCGUAAAUGCGAUGGAUGUGAAAAUCGUUGGCUAUCCAGUGGGUAUUGAAAAUCAGCAGAAAUAUGCGCGCAAUGCCUUCCUUUUUAAUUUAUGCUUUGUAUGCGACUCCUGUUCUCGAUCGGUGCAAUAUGAACCAGUGGUCAAGAAAUUAUCAGAGUAUUUGAUAAUGAUGGAGGAAGAGUCGUGUUUUUUGUCAAGAGAAGGCGAUAGCAAGCUGAGGUUGCAGAAGAUAUUUGAGACUGUAAUAAAAGACUUAAACGAAAAGAGAGUUACUACGAUAGUGGAGGGCGAUACUACUAUUUAUUUAAAAAUAGUUACGCAUAAGCCAGACCCGCCUGUCGUCAAAGAUCACAUGGUGCCUUUACUUUUAGUUGAUUUUAAAAAUACACCUUUGGACAAAUGGGAUUUAACUACGCAACAGAUCUUCCCUUACAUCAAUGGCAUCAAUCAUAUUGCGCGCAUUGCUGCCGAGGCAGAUGUGGAAACGAAUCUGGUAAAAUCCUGCAUACAAAAUUUAGCCUAUUACGGUGUGGUGCAUCUACUGCCCAUACUCAAAUACAGCAAUGUCUAUAUGUGUACACAACACUUGAAGAGUUUAGUAAAAAUUCCAUCGUUAAGCCAUGCUUGUCAGAAAUAUGUGGCGCUAAAUCCGGACAAGUCACAUCCGUCAAUACAGAAAAUCUUCCAAUUUUACGCUUCAAUGAUACAUGGCGUUACCCUACGUGCCAUAUGUCAACGCUUGUGUCCACAAAAUUACAACAUAGAUGAAAGGAAAUUAGUUAUCUUUGGUUUGCAACAUAAAUUUAUACGUUGUAUUCACAAAUAUCCAGUGUUUACUGGCUCUGUGCCGUCAGGUCGACAAAAGAUGUACACCGGACUUUCGAGCUUCGAUGAGAUUUGUUGCAAAACGGGAUUGUCGCCAUUUAAUAUUGAAAAGGACAUCGAUAAGGAUACAAAUGUGACGGUGAUAUGGAAGUAAAGGCGCGCAAUAGAUUUGAUUUAGCUAUUAAAGUGAAUGGUUCGUUGAAAGGGCAUUGAAAAUUGAUAACGUUUUCAAUGUCCUUUACAUUAA